CAAGCAAAAGCUGUUUUAAGAUUCAGUUUUCUUACUUUAAGUUUAAUUCAAUAGACUAUUCUAUAUAAAUUAACACAAUGUAUUAGGACAGUCAUUGAAGAAACAAUCGAUCGGACUGUCGCACAUUUUUUAUGAAAUCAUUGACUGAGCUGGAUUCUUGAUAACAACCAAGGAUUAGUAAAACACACUUUUAUUAUUUGGACUUCAAACAUCUGAUUAAUUAUCUAUUUCGAUUCGUAACAUCUAAAUGAAGACAUAAGAACAGAUUUGCUAACGAAUCAUCGAGUGUCAUCACAAGAAGUAUUAAAAUAGAUAGAUUUUAUAUAUAUACACAGUGUAUUGCGAUUCGCAAAAAAAUCUCACACCUUGCUACAAUAUCUCAAGUUAUCGAAAUUUUCAAGAAAUCAGUAUAAUGUAUGACGUACGUGAUAAAACUGUAAUGAUCACUGGAGCAGCUGGCGGAUUAGGAUAUAAGUUCGUCGAAAUACUACUUCGCAAUGGUGCAAAAAGCAUUGCUAUGAUCGAUCUAUCAACAUCAAACGGCCAGAAUGCGGCGGCUACUUUGGAGAACGAAUUUGGAAAGGGCCGUGCCGUUUUCGUAGCCUGCGAUCUAACAAAGGCUGAUGAUUUAGAGAAGACGUUCAAGAAGAUUGUUGAUACAUUCAAAGGACUUGAUAUUCUUAUCAACAAUGCCGCUAUAUUUAACGAUAACUAUUGGGAGAAAACGAUUGAUCUUAAUGUUAAGGCACUAAUUCGCAACUCUAUGAUGGCAUUCGACUAUAUGGCAAAGCAUAAAGGUG